AAGCUCCCCGCGUGUCCCAUCAUCCCUGGCGUAACUUCCGGUCUGCGGACUCUGAAAGGAAAGCGAGCGGUGCUUCUCCCCGCUCUUCUUCUUGCGGUCAGCGGGACUGCAUUUCCCGGCGUCCCUGGCGCCACUUCCGGAUCCGGUUCGUUUUCCGGUGGUCCUGCGCCCGCGCUUCCCGUCCGAUGCUGGCGGCGGGGCUGAGGGGCCUUCCCGGCCGGGCCGCCCUCCUGGGCCGCGGCGUCCCGAGCCUGGUCCCCUCGCGAGGCCGCAAGACCCGCUUCGACCCUCCGGCCAAGUCCAAGGCGGACCGGAUCAAGGUGCCGCCGCCCGUCGACCCGGCCGAGCUGCUGGUCAUCCUCGACCGCUACGAGCAGUACCGGCGGGUGGUGAGCGCCCUCAGAUUUGAGAUGAAGGAAGAAGUACAAUUUAAAAGCUACGAUCUCAAGUACGGGGAAACGGCGAAGCUGAGGAAGAAAGCUGAGGACGACGAACAUCAACGUCUCAUGGCCUUGAAUGAUGCAGAAAAUAAGCGUUUACUCGAGCGCAGGUUGGAGCGUCUCCGGAAGGCGGAAUUACUGGAGAAGUCCCGCAAGCUAGAAAGUGACCAACACAGGGAAGUCUUCCAGGAGGAAUUUCUCAAGAAGAAAGAGGAGGAGGUGCUUCAGUUACAGGAAGAAUCCCAGAAUUUCAUCACUCUCGAAAACUUGGAUCAGCGGAUCGAGGAGUGCCUGAACAAGACCCAGAAUUACAAUUUUGCCAUCGAUAAAGACGGGAGAAUAGUUAAGAGGACGGCCGUAUCGUAAGCCACCUCUCACACAAGGAAAGGAGCCGCCUUCCAUCCAGAUCCGAGGUUUGCGGUGAGCGCAUCGAGGGAUCCGCGUAUGGCUCCACCCCAUCAGUAUCACUGCCCUCAAAGCGGGGAGCGGCGGAUAAUUCAUGCUUUCCAAACUGUUUCCAAGGCUGGUUUGGCUCUGGUUCUUUGUUCAGGACGAAAUGCAUCUUCUUCAGAGAUUUGGGGUGUGUGUGUAUGUGUCUUAUUUUGGCAUCUCAUCCUCAGUUGUUCCUGCGUUUUUAGAUUUCAGUUUUUGAAAAAAGUGAUCCUGUCUCUGCAAGUGUGCAAAACCGAUUUGCUCCUUCCUUUUUCACAGGUUGGUUUCUUCAGAAAAAGGAAACGGUGCUUAGGGAAGUCUUUUUCUUUGAAAAAAAUAAUUUGACCUAUUCUUUAGGUUCUCUGGAUUGCUCUGUAAUUAAAUACAAUAUUUUAUUUUCUGGC